GCGCGGUCACGGGUCUGAAGUGGUGCGCGAGUCUGGAGGACCAAAACGAUAAGAAUGACGCCAUUAUCUAUUCUUUUUUAAAAAUAUAUAUUUUUUAGAUUUUCCUGAGCAGCUUUUAACUGAGUGUGAUGCGCCGUUUGACUCACAGCGACUUUUUAUUUCAGCUUCACGGCACUUGGAUUUAUAAACGAGCAUAAAAGCGGAUUUUUCUGCCGGACUCUCAUUUUGAGAGGUCCUUUUAUUCUGUACUUUAUACAGAAAACCUAAGGAUGUACGCUGGUCGUAAACGGAGGAAACCGGUGCAGCGAUCGGUGAAGCAGCCUCCACCUGAAGGGGCCAAAUCCAACCCUUCCAAGCGUCACAGGGAUCGGCUCAACUCGGAGCUGGAGCGGCUGGCUAGUCUGUUGCCCUUCCCCGAAGAGGUCACUUCCAGCCUAGACAAGCUUUCCAUCCUCCGCCUGAGUGUCAGCUACCUGCGUGCCAAGAACUUCUUCUCCGUUGCCCUGAAGAAUCACAACUCCAGUGGGGCGACUGCCAAUGUUGGGAACUAUGACAACGGCAAAGCUGUGGGAUUUACAGGCCGUCAGAUGCCAGAGGGUGAACUCCUACUGCAGGCCCUGAAUGGCUUCGUGCUGGUCAUCACUGCUGAAGGAAUGAUAUUCUAUUCCUCCCACACCAUCCAGGACUAUCUGGGCUUCCAUCAGACUGAUGUCAUGCACCAGAGUGUGUUUGAGCUCAUCCACACAGAGGACCAGCAGGAGUUGAGGAGGAACCUCCACUGGGCACUGAACCCCCCAGUGAUAACAAAUCAAACAUCUCUGGAGUCUGGCCAAGAUGCGCAUAGUUCCGGCUCCUCUCAGGAAACCUACAGCCCUGAGCAGCUGCCUCCUGAGAAUUCAUCGUUCCUGGAGAGAAACUUUGUGUGUCGCUUCCGAUGUCUCUUGGACAAUUCUUCUGGAUUUCUGGCUCUGAAUCUCCAGGGUAGGUUAAAAUUCCUGCAUGGCCAGGACCACUUUGGAGAAGACAGAACCAAAACACCACCCCAGCUGGCACUGUUUGCAAUUGCUACUCCACUCCAGCCACCGUCAAUCUUGGAGAUUCGGACCAAGAACAUGAUCUUCAGAACCAAGCACAAACUGGAUUUCACCCCCAUGGCUUGUGAUGCAAAGGGUAAAAUUGUCUUGGGCUACACUGAGGCUGAGUUGAGAGUUCGGGGGUCCGGAUACCAGUUCAUCCAUGCAGCAGAUAUGCUGUAUUGUGCUGAAAACCAUGUUCGAAUGAUAAAAACUGGUGAGAGUGGAUUGACAGUAUUCCGGCUCCUUACCAAGGACAACCGCUGGAAAUGGGUCCAAGCCAAUGCAAGACUAGUAUACAAGAAUGGCAAACCUGAUUACAUCAUUGCCACCCAAAGACCACUUCUGGAGGAGGAGGGUGGUGAACACUUGAGAAAACGCUCUAUGCACCUUCCCUUUACAUUUGCAACUGGGGAAGCAAUGCUCUACCAAACCAGCCAUCCAGUAGCAGGAUUUAAUGAACUCCAUCAAGGAAACGGAAAGAUCAGUAAAUCAAAAAAGGGGCGGACUGAUAAAUCCUCUGAGGAAGCUCUGGAUCCUUCUUCGUUGCUUGGUGCACUGAUGAGCCAAGAUGAAUCUGUUUAUGUAUGCCAGCCAGCUGUGGAGACCAAAAUAACAUUUCAGAACAGCCUGUUUGGCACAUUGGAAACCCUACCUUGCUGGUCUGAGAGUGACUCUGGGAUUCUUAGGAACUGGGAUCAAACAGGUAAUGACAUAUUGGGUCCAGAGCCACCUGACACAAGUGCUGACCCACUAUUAGCCACCUUAGACUCUUUGGCCCUAAGCAAUGAUGUUAUUGGUGGUUCAGAGGACUGCUCCAAUGGAGAACUGUUUGGAGCUCUGGAGGGCCUCGGAUUAAGCGCGGAAGACCUGGAGCUGCUUCUUCUUGAUGAGCGCAUGAUUCAAGUGGACAUGGACCCAGAUCAUGUUCCUACUCUUGACGACCUUCUCACCAAUGAUGAGAUACUGUCUUUCAUACAUGACUCUCUUGAGCAAAAAUGUGAGAUGGAAAGCCAGUUGCCCUCUCCAGCUUCUGUGACUAUGACCACCUUGGUGCCUGAAACCUACACCACAUCGACGUCUAAUGUGCACGUCCCAUGUAUACCUCUUAGGCCACCUUGUGAUCAGCGACCCAUUGUCCACCUGUCCCAACAGAUGCAACUGCACCUCAGUCUGAGGCACACUCCACCAAAUCCAGACAACCUGUCCCAGCAUGGAAACCAGUCAAAGAAACAUUUGGAAAAUGGACUUGCACUCCAUACUGUGACCAGCACCAGGACACUCAGUGGCCAACAGACUGUUCCAGACAGCAGUACCUCAGUAGUCAAAGUUAAUGCCAAACAGCUCUUCCAUUUACAACAGUACCAUCAACAGCAACAGCAGUGGCCUAUACAACAAAGCCAGUCUUCCCAGUCCCACCAUCCUGUCACUCAAAACUGUAACAUCAAUGGACUACACACUGUCAAUUCAGGUCAUGCUGUGAACCUAAACCAAGAGCAUGGCUUCUGUUACGACAGUCAAGCACACACAACCAUCAGUGUCCCUUGCCUUCACAAUGGACACACAUCAGUUCAUUCCCAAGUGGAUGAAUACAAUAUGGCUGAUAUUUCUUGUAUGAAUUUUGUAGACAAUGGACAGUUGUCUCUGGAAAACGGAAUUCACGAGGAGACCACAGUUCCUUUGCAUCAAAGGGUUGAUCAGAAGGAGCAGCUGGCCCAAAUGUUGUCUAGUUUUUCACAGCAUAUCCUGUGUGUUGGGCAGACUUGCGGACACGUGCCCUCACAGGACCCUUUCGGAAUGUUUACCUCAGAGCUUCAAGACACACAACAGAGCAAGGUGAACAGUGGGCACAUCCCCAGUGGCACCUGUGCAGCUGGCGUGCCAAAUGGAAGUGUGGUGGCGCCUCCUAGUGGCAUUCCUCAACCUGAGCCCCUCUCAGGUCUUCCAGAUCCACAGCCAUCAGGGUUCAUCCUUUGACAGGAGCACAGCGGUUUCUGUCAGCAAGAGAUUAAAGAAACUUGAAAUGGAUUAAAAGUUCCUUCAUGUCCUUUAUUUAGCAUUAUUGAAUUUCUGUUUCCACAUCAUUACUGUCAUCUGACUGUUACCAGAUACCGCAUCCUUAUAUCCUCAUUCAUUUAUAUCUGUUUUGUCUUUAAUCAGUUGUUCAUGAUUGUAAUUGUUAGCGGUAUUUGACUGCACUGUAGCUUUUUGUAUUUGGACUGUUGUUAAAAUUUACAUAGUAACCCCUCCUCACCAAGAAGAACAAACACACGUCAGUUGUGCUGUUAACACUGUGUACGGGUUAGAAAUGUUUUUUUUUUUUUAUUGAUUUUUUGUUAUUGUCUGAUUAUAGCUCACUUUAAAGUGCACAAUUUAACCCAAUAAUAUAACAUAACUGCCAUUUAAACUGAAACUACAACAAUGACACAGUUUUCUUACCAUUUAAUUAGCCUUUGACAUGUUCAUUGUCCUGUAAUGCAGUAUUCCAUAGCUCAUCAGUGUAUCCUUCAAUCUCAUUUGUUUGACAGAAUUCGAGAUUAUAUAUUAUUUUCAUGUUGUGUCACUACAAUACCCAGCAUGCACUCGCCAAAAUUUCAUCAUGCAGUCUUUGGGAAUCCGUCCCCACUGUGAUAAGGAGAUGCACUGAUGUAGAUACUAAUGAAUACAGAUGAGAUAUUUGGCAGGAACAUCUGCUCUCUGGACUAUUUUGGCACCAAUCUAGGAAGCAAGUAGGCGUUUUUGCAACAGAUGAAGCAAUGAUUCCAUUUUCAUUUAGGCCAGAACGUCCGUUUAACUUCAAAUAUUAAGAUUUCCAAACCGUUGAAGAAUCAGAUGCUGUCCUUAAAUGGAAAAAGGAAGCAGACAUUUGUAAUAGCUUGACGAAAAACAGCCAAGACAUUGUGUAGUUUCUGAAACAGCAUUUUGAAAGUUUGUUCACAUGAAAUGGAACUUAACUCAGGACAAUGAUGGCAAAGUACUGCAUAUGUUUCUUACUUCUUAGAGAUUCACAAAUCAUGUUCCUUUGCUACACACACGUUAGUUCUUUUUAACAAAGUAUUUUGUUGUUUACAGUAUAUUUAAGUACUAGUGCUAUUGUAAGUAGGCUGAAAUGUAUAUAUGAUGAUGUGACAAUCAAAUGAAAUUUUGAAACUGAUCUAUACAAUCAGAGGGUGGGGUUUACUUUUUUGUCAUGAAGUAUUUAAAAACACUGCUGCUGCUCACAGAUGUACAGACUGUGCUGUCAUACGUUACUCAUCACUGUACAUAAAUGAACAUUUCAUUUCUAUUUCAAAUGAGCUACAGGGUAAAAAGAGAUGGAACGGACAAUAUGGUGCCAUAUAUAUU